UCUCUUUCUUUCUUUUCUUUUUAAUUCUUUUUUGGGUAUAAUUUUGAUGUUGGAGUGGAAUAGUAAUAAUACUAAUCAGGAGAGGCUGAACAAUGGGCGGGAUUUGUUCGAGGAGCGGCGUCAAAGAUGAUGGGGUUGGAAAUGGCUAUGGCGGUGGUAAUCUCAACCAUUAUCAGAUCAAGGAUAUUCCUGUAAAUGUCUUGAUGAAUCCAACCCAAGUGAGUGAAAUCACGGAUAAGAGAAUCGAAGAAUCUGCUGAUGAUUUCUACGAUGGGAUUCCCCGUUUUGCAAGGGACAUGUCCCAGAAAUCUAAAUCAGUUAGGUCCACCCAGGCUGCUGUGGCCAAGGUUUCAGAGGUCAGUUCCCGUUUAGGCAAAGCUGGAUCAGUUGGAAUAGGAAAAGCAGUGGAGUUUAAAUCCUAA